CAAAUGUAGACGAAAUAAUUGAAAUGGGCAAUGAAGAGUACGUACCUGAUAAAGAAAAACAUGACGAAGAGGAGAUAUUUGAAAUGGGUCAUGAAGAGUAUUCGUCCAGUGAAGAAUCUUCAGAUGCAGGUGAGAGGCCCAAACCGGACAAUGUAAACGGUUCUCCUCUGACAGAUGAGCCAAAGUUUGAAACUGAUCAGGAAGAGUGUGUACCAGCAAAAGGUGUAUCGGAAGUUGUCACGAUGAAGGCUCUGUUUGACUUUGAAGCUAUGUUUGAGAAUGAAAUCAGCUUCCGACAAGGAGACAAGUUAGAUGUUGACAAGAACUUACUAGACCAAGCUUCGUUUUGGUUUAAUGCCCUCCACCAGACUUCAGGGAAGAAAGGAUAUAUUCCAAGAAGUUAUGUGGCGAAAGAUGACGGCCCUUUACAAAUUCAUGAAGACAAAGAUGAAAAACUACUUCAUGAUCCCUCCACCUCAACUGGUAGCUAUCUUAUUAGGAGAGCGAAAGACGAUGCAUUGUUCAUAUUAUCUGUCAAAAUAGAGAAGGAAACAAACAGUGAACCAGUGAAACAUUAUAAAAUAAGAUAUUCGGAAAACAAGGGGUACUACAUAAGUGCAAGGCGAUAUUUUGAUACUCUGCCUGACCUUAUCCGUCAUUACAGUUGUGUCUCUAAUGGCUUAUGUUGUAAAUUGGAAAAUCCUUGUUUGGUAAACCCACCAGCGCUACCGAUUUCAUGGUUAAUUGGGCCCAGGUUGUAUGAAGUAACAAAGGAAUCAGUAGAAUUAAUCACGAAAGUUAACAAGGAUGUUUCAAACCCCUUUUUUGGAGAACAUUGCCUAGGUACAUUUGGUAAUGAGUUUGUUGGUGUUAAAACACUGGAUGAUGAAAAAACUCCAGUAAAGGAUUUCCUGACUGAGGCUCUUGUUUUAAAAGACUUGCGACAUGAUAAACUGGUUCGGUUGAUAGCUCUGUGUACACAGUCGCCGCCAUUUUGGAUAAUUACUGACACACUGACAAAAGGGGAUUUGCUUACUUAUUUGCGUCAAGACAUGGGGACGGGUUUGAACUUCGACAGCCUCCUGUAUUUUGCUAGUCAGAUAGCUGAUGCAAUGGACUACUUAUCAGAAAAGAAAAUUGUACACAGGAAUUUGAGAGCAUGCAAUGUUCUCGUUGGCGUUGACAACAAGAUAAAAGUAUCAGGAUUUGAACUAGCUAAAAUAUUGGAUGACGACGACACAUACGCCAGUUCUUCUGUUACAGAAAGUCUUAUCCCAUUGAAAUGGACAGCACCGGAAGCCGUUUUUCAGAAGAAGUACAGCGUCAAGGCUGAUGCAUGGUCAUAUGGAGUAGUGUUAUAUGAAAUCAUUACGUUUGGAAUGGCACCAUAUCAAGGGAUGGCCGAUUCGGAUGUGGUACAUCGUGUCAUCAAAGGUUAUCGAAUGCCUAUACCAAGGAAGUGCCCAAUAAUGUAUCCAGACCAUUACUGUGAGGUGAUGCUCAAAUGCUGGGACGCAAUCUCUGAGCGCAGACCUUCAUUUGCUUUUCUUAAAGACUUUUUCGAACAUUAUAAUGUAUAUACGGAAGAAAUGGAGUUUAAAUUUGAUUAUUAUCGUUGUUCAAAUACACUCAAUAGUUAAUAUGCUAUUUAUUUCCAUAAAGUGAAAUAAGUUAUUGCAGAUAUAAGUGUAUUGCUAACUAGAAUUGACUGUGUUUGCUUGUUUAGUUAUAUAAAACUGGUUGUGUUGUUAACCUAAUUAUUUUUAUUGGAUUACGCUCCAGGACUAAGCUUUGCUUCGCAAGUCAGUGCGAACAUCUCCAUAUAAAUCAGAGGUUAAGAACGAAUGAUUUCAGACACAGCGUAUUUUAUCAGUGUUAACGGAGAACAUACACCUCGCCCGUGGUUCGAUCUAACGACCCCGAGCCUAAUGCUAAGCGUUCUCUGUGUUGACCUAAGU